UAUCAUUAAAAAAAAAAUGUCAGAAUCGAUAUUAUCAUCGCUUUUUUCUUCAAAUCCAUAUUUUUCAGCAGGAAUAGGAGUUUUAGGGUUUGGAGCAGGAUUAGCUGCAUUACGACAAGGAUUAGUUAGAGGAAGUUAUUUAGUACGCAGAAAAUUAUUAGUAUCACUCGAAAUACCAUCAAAAGAUAAAUCAUAUCAAUGGUUUUUAUAUUGGAUGUCAAAACGAAUAAAUAAUAAUUCCCGUAAUAAUACACAUCAAUAUGCAGUACAAACAUCAUUUAUACAACAUGAUAAUGGAAGUAUAAGUACGACAUUUAGUCUUAUACCGGGACCUGGAAAACACUAUUUUAAAUGGAGAGGAGUAUGGUUACAAGUGGAAAGACAAAGGGAUGCUAAAUUGUUAGAUAUAACAAGUGGAUCACCAUGGGAAACAGUUACACUUACAACAUUAAGUAAAGAUAAAUACAUAUUUACAGAAUUGUUACAAGAAUCAAGAAAACUUGCUUUGGAACAACAAGAAGGAAAAACUGUUAUUUAUACAAGUUGGGGACCUGAAUGGAGACAAUUUGGACUGCCAAGAAAACGUAGAUUUUUAAAUUCUGUUAUUCUAGACAAAGGUAUUAAAGAACGUAUUUUACAAGAUGUUAAAGAGUUUAUUAACAACGAUAAAUGGUAUAAUGAACGCGGUAUACCUUAUCGUCGAGGUUAUUUAUUAUAUGGUCCUCCGGGAAGUGGUAAAAGUAGUUUUAUACAAGCACUUGCCGGGGAAUUAGAAUAUAAUAUAUGUAUAAUGAAUUUAAGUGAGCGUGGGCUUACUGAUGAUAGGCUAACCCAUUUAUUAAGUAAUGCUCCUGAACGAAGUAUUAUGUUAUUAGAAGAUAUUGAAUAUCAGUCGAUGGUUACAUUUAGUGGAUUAUUAAAUGCAUUAGAUGGAGUAGCAUCAUCGGAAGAAAGAAUUAUUUUCAUGACAACAAAUCAUGUAGAAUUACUUGAUAAGGCUUUAAUUAGGCCUGGCCGUAUAGAUGUUAAAGAAUUAUUAGGGGAUGCAAGUGAAUAUCAAAUUAAAACAAUGUUUUUAAGAUUUUAUGAAGGUGAAAAUAAAUUAGCAGAAGAAUUUGUACAAAAAGUCAAAGAUAAAAAAAUUAGUAUGGCUCAAUUACAAGGUCAUUUUGUUUUUCAUAAAAAUUAUCCAGAAAAUUCUGUACUGUAUGCUGACUCUAUCACUAAAUGAAGAGCAUCGUUAUUCUAAAAUUAAUAAAAUUUAGUUCUUUAAAUUAAUACACUAGAAAAUUUAAUAAUAAGUAUAUUGUGUGACUUUACACAUUCUCAUCAAAAACACUAUACUUAAUAAAAGAGACAAGAGGAGAUAAAGAGGGAGAUUUGAAAAGUUAAAGCAAGAAUGUAAGAAUAAAAAAGACUAUAUAGAAAUUAUGGUAAUCGUACAAUGACUUAUAAAUGAGAAAUUUUUAAUUAAAUAAGAACGAAAAUAAUAACACAGUUAUAUUUGGAAUUAGUGAACUACAGUUUUAUGAAGGAG